ACAGCUUACUACGAAAAAUCAGUCUUGUCAACGGCGAAAGAAACAAAUUGUGGAAUGUGGACUUUAUUGAUGUUGUUUUUGUUACAUCAAAUAGUCUGUAUCUACGCCGAAUCGACGUUAGUGAGAAUAUCACGCUUUGAAGAGGAACAAGACAGUUUUAGGUUGCCAGGAUCGUACUGCAGCCGUCAGAAUGAGUGCAAUCGUUUUAACGCAAAUUUGUCUCCAACAGCAUCUGAAGGAGGUCAUUGUUCGUGUUCUUGUUCGCGUCAGAAAGCAGCAACGUUUGGUGUUAAGAACGGGUAUUGGCAAUGCAUCGAUAAUAAAGAAAUUCGCCAGAGAGAAUUGUCUGAUUGCAAAAGGAUUCAGUUUAUCACUGAAACAGAUACAGAUCUUUUGAGAGUGUUUAAAGUAGGAGAAAGCGCGACUUUUGACAUCAGCCUCAGUACUCAGGGCUUCGUAAAAACUGCGCGCUUCGAAUUCAGCUAUCAAGCAUGCAACGGUGGAUGGAGAUCGAUAAACAACACGGCUUCUGUUCCGGAACUUCAAGUGACAAAACUAUGGACACCUUUAACGAAUAAUUACACGUAUAUGCUUAAGAUAGAUGAAGCUAAACUGAAACCCAAGGACCAUAUGCAUUUGGAAGGAAGAGUUAUAAAGCUUGCCAUUCCACGCGGUCCUUUGCAAAAGAAGCCAUUUUGUUUGUUAUUCAAGGUUGCUGGUGUUAUGCAGUGUCCCCUCAAGCAUAUUUUAGCAACUGGAAUACCUUCAACAACAACAACAACAACAACAACAACAACAACAGCGACAGUACAUAGCCUAUUUUCAGAGGCAGUUAUUCCCACUUCUCGCAUUGUAGCUACAAGGAUAAGAAAAUCUCAGACGAUACCGACUGCCACUAAAGUUCCCAAAACAACGUUUAAGGUGACCCACCCCUGGGCCACUGAUGGUGACGAUGAGACACUUCACAAGGCUUCGGCUCAAUUUUCAGUUCCCUUGAUCGCUGGAACUGCGGGCAUUGCUGGGAUCGUGUUAUCAGCAUUUGUCUUCGACAUCCCUAGAGCUGAAAGCAACAAAAUCAGACGAUUACGUCAACCAGUAUGCAGUAGCUGA